AAACAAACCCACAAGCAAGGAAGCAGCCACAGUGCAGUCACCGCCCCUCUGCAGCUACAGGUCGUACAGAGAAGUCAGUCCCACAACCGCUGUUUUUCUUCACGUAUCCAGGCUGAUAAGCGUCUGUAGUGUGUCAACAUGCCCAAGUGCCCAACUUGCACCAAGGAAGUGUACUUUGCGGAGAAGGUGACGUCCCUCGGGAAGGACUGGCACCGCGCAUGUCUGAAGUGCCAGAAAUGUAACAAGACGCUAACUCCCGGCAGUCAUGCUGAGCAUGACAUGAAGCCAUACUGUAACCAUCCGUGCUACGGCGUCCUGUUCGGACCAAAGGGCGUGAACAUUGGCGGGGCAGGUUCCUUUGUGUACGAUCACGACAACAAGAAUAAGACAAGGCAACAACCACUGACCAUUCCUCAGGCGCAAGAAGAGACAUUGCCAUAUCCUGAGAUGCCGAAUUGUCCGAAGUGCAAUAAACCUGUAUAUUUUGCUGAACGGCGCCGCUCACUGGGGAAGGACUGGCACCGAGCCUGUCUCCGCUGUGAGAAAUGCAACAAAGUUCUAAGCCCGGGAGGUCACGCCGAGCACGAGAGUAAGCCGUACUGCACGAAGUGUCACGGAGUCCUGUUCGGGCCGCGAGGUGUGAAUAUCGGCGGAGUAGGAUCGUACGCGUAUGAAGGCGAGGAGAUACCUCCGAGUCACGCCCCGGCAACCUGAGUGUGUACAAGCGGGGAUAUACGAAUGGCGAACUGUCUAUGUCAUUCUGUCAUGAUGUUGCUGAUGACAAAGCAGAGUUUUGUUUUCCUUGCUCUUUCUCUGCAUUUGGAGCAAAGCAUUUUUGUAUAUUGAGCCAAUGAGAACUGUGAUGUACACGUAGUUAACCUUAUAGAUAGAUCUUGACUUCUCCAGUCAUCUGUAUAGCUUCUUAUGAUAUGUGUGCCUCGACCACGUUAAACAGCCUCAUUUCUCAUUGGGUACCUACUGGCUGGCAAAAUACACCAGAUGAUUAUUAUUAUUAUUGCCACAUGCUCAUUAUCCAGUUUCUUGAGUAACUAUAUCAUUCGGCACACAUGCUCCAUACAUACAGUUUUUCUCCAUACAUGCAGUUAAGAACAUUUGCUGUUAAAUUGGUGAACAGUUUGUCAUUGAAAACAAAAGUAUGAAUUUUCAAACGGUUAGCUUGUUGCCAAAACCGCAACUAUAGAAAUGACUUGGUGUAAACAAAGCGAAUAUCUUUUGCGGUAGGGCAUGUGAUUUAUCUAGAUAAUGUCCUAUUACUGUUAUGUCAUCUGCAUUUAUUUAUACUACUCUUGUAUGUCAUGUUGUGUUGAAGGCUUGUCUCACUAUAUGACGCUAUACAAUUGCAACCAGGUCGACUUCUUCUUUGGCAGACUUUUUUUUGUUAUAAUCUAAGCCAAAACAGAUGGGAUACAUGAAGGCACUUCCAAAACAAUUUUGCGAAAUCUUGUGGCAACACAAUUUGCAAAUAAAAUCAACCAAGCUACAUUUGCUUUAAUGUGCUACUCUCUACCUCGCCCUUCCACUUAUGUCAAUAAACAUUACUUGCAGAAUUA